AUGGCGGUCUUUAUUGCGGACGAUCCUCGUUUCUGUGAAUAUGGCGGUGGUAUGGCUGAUUGUGCCACUGACCAUGGGCAACAGGUUACUCUGCGUGCUGUCGAAAGCUGCAGUGGUGACAUGACGAGCAACGCAGAGUAUAUAAUACUGGUGGUUGGGAGUUACGGCGCUUACUUUCGAUUGACCAAGGAUGAGAUUGAUCGUAAGUUUCCUUGUAUCAUUGUCUACACACCAGACCCCAUGCCCGAAGAGGAUACGUUCUCCUUGGUAAGGAAGAUGAAGGAGCAAUUGGAUCUCCCAGUGUUAGCCAUUGCCGACAGUAGUCCACGGUCGGUGAAGAAUUUCUCUCUUUUCGUAGCAGGAGGAUGCGACAUAAAGUGGUUGGGACUCCGGCCUAGUGAUGUGGUGGCGUUAAAAAUGCAUCCACAUUGUAUGCGGCCCAUGAAUAGCAAGGAUCUUAAGCUAGCGCAACGUUUCUUGGAAAAAGAUGAGGAUGAGAUGAGCAAAUAG